GAGUUUAUUCCUGUACGGACAGAGGAGCGUGUGGAGCUGCAUAUGGAGGCACAACAUCAACGGGAUUAACAGCUCUGCUAUCAAAACUUCAUCAUGGAAGAAUCAGCAGUUCUCCAAAGCGAGCAGGAGAUCAGUUUGAUUGACAUCCUGUGGAGGCAGGACAUUGAUCUGGGCGUGGAAAGGGAGGUGUUUGACGUCCACUUUCAGGAGAGAGAGGAGGAUGCGAGGAAAGCAAGGGAGCAGGAGGAACAGAAGAGGAAACAAGAGAAAGAGCUGGAGAGAAUUAUUUUAACGCUUGGGAAACUGGACAAGGAAACCGGAGAAGUCUUGCCCCACAGUUUAUCACAAAUCUUACAGGGAGCUGAUGACUCAACCACAUUUGAUCCAUACACUGAGCUCAUGGACCUCCUCUCUGGACAGACCCCGCCCCACUCUCUGGUUUCCCCUGGCAACGUUCAUUCCACACCUUCCUCUCAGGGUUCUCCCGUUACCCAGAAUCCCCUGCUGUCUUCACUGCUCUUCUCUAAGAAGCUGCCCGCUGAGGAAGAGAAAGCGCCUAUUGAGGUCUUGCCGUUGCCUGAUCUGCAGCCUUAUUUGGAUCUCUUGGAGGCUCAUGUUCCUGAAAGUCCAUGUGAGCUGCUGGAGGAGAACACGGAAACAGCCAUGGUUUCUGGCCCUCAUCCACUCGUAAAUGUGCACUCUGGCCCUGCUGAGAUGAUCCAAACCUACACAUGCACAAUUUCUGAUACCAGUGAAGAAUCUCCGCCAUUAGAACAAAUUCUUCCAGAAUCAACUGAACUCGAACAAACCUUUUGUGAACCAGAGGAUCUCACAGAAUCCUUCCUAGACACAAUUAUGAGAGCAAGUCCACCUGACAACCUAAACCAGAUGAGUUUAGGAGAAUGUGAGCUCACACACAAUCAGAAUUGUUUGCACAUACAAACAGAAUUGUACCCAGAGCAUGCAAACACAACAGCACCUGAACAUUCGCUAUGUCAGCGUGAGCUUAUACCAAAGGACUCCUCAUAUGUCAUGGACGAUAUGACAUUGUUCAGCCUUGAAAGCUCCAGAGAGCCCGUAGAUCUAGACAUGUCCCUAUAUGGAGAGGACCCGUUUAGCACCAGCCUAUCGGAGGAUAGUAUCUUUGUCCAGUCAGAUCACACAGAGCUGCUGGAUGUGCCUCUCCUAUCCGAAGCGGUGGAUCUGCAGCCUCCACUUUUUCCAUCAUCUGAAACAGAAAUUGAUCCACAACAGUCAACACAGGACGAUUCACACCCAGAAACAGUUUCUGACCAAUCUGAGCAUUCAACUGAGGUCAUUCACAUGAGUCCCUCAUCUGAAACAGCCCUCCAGUCACAACAGGGUCACUGCAGCUGGAGCGUAUGCCGCGAUGAACAGCGCGCUCAAACCUUAAACCUUCCACUUAGUGUGAAAGACAUCACCAGCAUGUCGGUGGACACCUUUAACGAGGCCAUCAGCACUUACAAGCUCAGCGAAAGUCAGCUCAGCCUCAUGAGGGACAUCCGCAGGCGUGGCAAGAACAAGAUAGCUGCCCAAAGCUGCCGCAAAAGGAAGCUGGACAGCCUGGUGGACCUGCAGGCUGAAGUGGAGGCGCUCAGAGAGGAGAGCCAACAAAGGCUAAGGGAGAGAGAGAGGAAUGCCGCAGCUCUGUGUGAGACCAGAGAAAAACUCAGUAAGCUGUACGACGAGGUGUUCUCUAAGCUGAGGGAUGAGCAUGGAACUCCUUACAGCCCCAAAGAAUAUACGUUGCAGUACAGCACUGAUGGACGAGUCUUCCUGCUGCCCGGUACACCACACGUGAAGAAACGCACAUGAGUACAUGCUACAGUAACGCACGAAUGGGAGGACCUGUCUGCUGCCAUGUAACAUACAUGAAGAAAUGCGUGUGAAUUCACGCUACAGUACAGCACUAAUGGGAAAAGUGCAUAACUUAAUGAACAGGGCUAUGUCUAGCUAUGAGCGCUGAAAGCAGUUUGCUUAGGGGCCCUCAAAAAUUUUCAGUGCCGCACACUUACAGUGCUGUGCGAAAGUCAGAGACCACCACUCAUUUAUUCACUUUCUAGUCACAAGGCCAUUAAGUGUAAGUUAUUCAUUUUUCAAGAGAUAUUACUGAGGACAUUACAUAUAUCAUAAUCCGCUUGCAUUAAGAAAGGGGUAUGUGAAAGGAAAAUAAGUGGGAAAAAAUGCGAAAUGAAAAACAAGAUUAAAUGAUGUAGAGAAAAUGAGACUCAUAACAACUGUGCAAAACCCGGGAGACCACCAAAACUGUUACCAUCAGAAAAACAGUGCUUAAAGAAAUCUGGAGGGAAAUUUUACCACACCUCCGAAGUUCAGUAUUAGAAGUUGGUUGAAUUUUCUGCUUCAUAUGAUCCAUGAUGUUGAGGUCUGAACUGAUUAUCUCUCAAAGAUAAAGCUUGAAGUACUGUUUAUCUGUUGGUGACAGUUUUGAUGGUCUACCAGGUCUUGCAUGGUGGUUCUGUAUAUUUAUUAAUGUUGUAAUUCCAGUUUUGGAAACUCACUGAUUUUCCUUUCAGUUUCCUCUUAUGCAUGUGAAAACAUCUAAUCUCUUAAGAAAUAUCUCUUGAAGAAUGAAUAACUUGAACUUAAUGGCUGGAGAUUAAAUAAAUGAAGGGCAGCCUCUGACUUUUGCACAGUGCUGUAUGUUAAAGGCGUGGUCCGGACUAGUAAACAUAGAUAAAUCAGGUAUUAGCUUCCAGUUAAAUACUUUGGUUGAGACAUUGCAAUUUCACUGUAUUGUUUUGAAUGUAAUUUUUGGAUGGAAGU